AUGGGCCAUGGACUUGUUGGUCGUCUUGCUGUAGGUACGGAAGUUCAGGAGCUUUGUACAUGUGCUCUAGAGGCUGUCCUAUCGUUGUUCUCUGGUUCUUUAACUGCUGAUUUGCAAAUUGAGAGAUCCUGUAUAACUCAAUGUAGUGUACCUACCAGUAAAUCACAAACAUCAAUCAUUGGUGAUGUUAGGGAAGCUAAAGUUUAUGGUGUGGAGAGAUCUCCUGGGGUCUCAGCAGCAGCUUUUGGCGACGAACAUGAAAUAGCCAGGUCAGAUACUCAGCCAGUGAAGAAGUCCUCAAGCUUAAUGGUGUAUAAUCGAGGAACUUUGAAGCAAAACCUGGAUAUGAUUUUUACUGGGUUAGAGAUCGCAACACAUGCGCACACUGAAAAUAUGUUGGUUGGUCCAUCCAAAAACUCUAGGUCAGUACUAAACAUCAUACCUAAAGGAACUGAAAAUCACAAGGGGGAUUCAGUGAAGAGCUUUGAGAAGGCAAAAUCUGGCAAUCAAGUUCCUCAGAAUAGCUAUCUAAAGGCUGCAACAGACCUAGAGAGAUUUGAGGACGACAGACAUGAGAAUGGACAUGCAGAUCCCAGUACAACUGUCCAAACAUCUUUACUUAGGGAGUCCUCAAACUUGAUGCUUAACAAUAGGGAAACAUUUCAGAAAACCCUGGAUGCAGAUGCUGCUAGGUUGGACAAUUCAUCAAAGGCACCUAAUGAAAACGAGUUGGUUUGUCACAAAACUGGGAAUUGUUAG